GUGAAUGCACGCUCGGACGGCCCUGCUCCUCCACAAAACAAAUAUCCAGCCAAAUACACCUUGAGAUCUCCCCUACCACCAGGAGGACCGCACUUGAUGGGCUUGGAGCAGAAUGGGAACUUUCCGUUCAUCGAGAACAACCCACAGCACAGGGGAUAUCAUUAUGAUAACAGCAAGCCCGUGAGAUUUGCCCACUUCAAGGAUGCUGUGCUCGAUGUGGGCAAGAACCAAUUCGUUCGACCAGAAGGUAUUCUCCAGUAUCCCUCCGAGCAGUACAUACAGAACUUUAAGGCCUCCCACCGGUUCAAUGGAAAUGUGAAUGUAUUACAAAAGAACCCAGGCCCAGCAUACACGCCGAUCCAGCAGCAUGAGAUUCCCGUACAGUCCGCCCAGUACUUGCACUAUCCGAAGCCCUACGCCCCACCCGAAAACUACGGUCCGGUGCAAUCGAAACAGGCCGUCAUGAAAAAAGCGCAAUUUCCGCAGGAGCACAGCAGCUACUCGGUGUACGAAGAGUCGGAACAUUUUCCGAAACAAGGCAUUCCCCAAAACCAAGGCAAUUUCCGCCAGCCAGUUGCACCGAAAAUAGAUUCUAAGGAGGCCCAGGAUUACCUGCACUUCAUGGGCACCAAUGAGUACUUCCUGCCCAAACGCGAUCCUGACUAUAAGAAAUUGGACGCUGAGCACGACGGCAUCUCCAUCCAGCAUCCCCAUCAAUAUCCACUACUUCAGCAACAGCAGCAGCAGCAACUGCAGCAACAGCAACUGCAGCAACAGCAACAGCAGCAGCAGCAACAGCAGCAGCAGCAACAGCAGCAGCAGCAACAGCAACAGCAGCAACAGCUACAGCCGCAGAGCCAUUAUCCGGUAAAUGGGGGCGGUCAAAAUCAACAUCUUGCCACAGACAAUAGUCUCUCAUCCAGCUAUAACGAGCCCAUCCAAGUGUCGGAUCUGUUUUAUAACCAAGAUCCCGCUCCACCAAAUGUGGCUGUUGUUCGCGGCAGCUACCAAGCCGGUCAGGAUGUGUUUGUGGUCAAGUCUGACGGAAACAAGGCUGUCAAGCAUGUGGUUCUAACUCCAAUGGCAGCCCAAACCACGACACCAGCCCCACCCUCAACGCCAAGGAACCAAAAUCUCCAAAAGAGCCACAAAGGCUUUACCCAAGAACCCCUUCGGUUUGAAUUUACCGAGCAAGAUGCUAUUCGAGGACAUAUAAGCUACACCCAAUCUCCGCAAGGGCACAAGUACACCUACGAAACAGUCUAUUCGACACCGCACCAAACCAACCUGGUCCAAGCUCCGGCUCCAAUCGCCGAGGUCUCCAAGCCAAUCAAGGAAUACAGUGACGAUGUAGAAGACAGCGCCGACACCGAAAAUUCGAAACAGCAACAAAGCGAACAAUCGCAAAUCCAAACUGCAGGUGUUGCGAAUUCGCAGGACGAUUCAAAGGCUACAGAAAGCUACUGUGAAAAUAUAUGCGCAAAUGUCUACGAUGAAAACGACGAGAUAGUUUGUGGAUCCGACGGAUACAUGUAUACGGGAGAAACUCAAUUAGAGUGCUAUUCGUCCUGCCUUAAUAUAAGUAUAACUAUCAAAAGUAAAGGAUCUUGCACAUGAACCCUUCCUACGUUUGCC